CCCGGGCCGCGAGCUGUGGAGCCGCCCGUCCACCCGAGCGCUCGCUCUGCGGCGCCCCCCGCCCCGGCUCCUAGCCCGCCCGCCCCGGGCUCGCCGGCCGCGGGAGUGGCCUCAAGAUGGACGAAGACGGCGGCGGCGAGGGCGGCGGCGUGCCUGAAGACCUCUCAUUAGAAGAGAGAGAAGAACUUUUGGACAUUCGUCGAAGAAAAAAGGAACUUAUUGAUGACAUUGAGAGGCUAAAAUAUGAAAUUGCAGAAGUGAUGACAGAGAUUGACAACUUAACCUCUGUGGAGGAGAGCAAAACUACUCAGAGGAACAAACAAAUAGCCAUGGGAAGAAAGAAAUUCAACAUGGACCCCAAAAAGGGAAUUCAGUUUCUAAUAGAGAAUGACCUGCUACAGAGUUCCCCAGAAGACGUCGCCCAGUUCCUCUAUAAAGGAGAAGGCCUAAAUAAGACUGUCAUUGGGGACUAUCUGGGUGAGAGAGAUGAAUUUAAUAUCAAAGUUCUUCAGGCUUUUGUGGAACUCCAUGAAUUUGCUGAUCUCAACCUUGUACAAGCCUUAAGGCAGUUCUUGUGGAGCUUCAGGCUUCCAGGAGAGGCUCAGAAAAUUGAUCGCAUGAUGGAGGCCUUUGCUUCACGCUACUGCCUGUGCAACCCUGGAGUCUUCCAGUCUACAGACACAUGCUAUGUACUGUCAUUUGCAAUCAUCAUGCUCAACACCAGCCUUCACAACCACAAUGUGCGUGACAAACCCACUGCAGAACGGUUCAUCACCAUGAAUCGCGGCAUCAACGAGGGAGGAGACCUCCCAGAGGAGCUGCUGAGGAACUUGUAUGAAAGUAUUAAGAAUGAACCGUUUAAGAUCCCAGAGGAUGAUGGGAAUGACUUGACACACACGUUCUUCAACCCAGACCGGGAAGGCUGGCUUCUGAAGCUGGGAGGUAGGUACCCAGUGGCUUCCUCCCCUCCCCAGCGGCUCACUCCUCCUUCGGUUUCUCUCCCCCACGUUGGUCUGUGUGAAGCUCUGGUUUGUGGCUGCCAUUCAUCUGAUCCAUUUGGCUUUGGACUUGCUGGGUCAGCGUUGUGCACGGUGUGGUGUAUUGGCACCCACCCCAGGGACAGGGUCAGCAUCGGCUGGGACAGGAACGCAUGGGGACACUGUGUGGGAACAAGCUCGCCCCCCACCCCUGCCCCAUCUUUAGGUCCUGCAGCAGUGAAGAAGCUGGUAACCAGCCUGUCCCACAGCCUCACCAGUCUCCCCAUACUAACCAAGCACUGCAUGUUUACAGCUCCUGGAAAGAUCCUGGGGAUGCUCUGAAGGCUUUCUCACUGGUGACGAGUCUAAUGGCUCUUAUACUUUAUGGGCAAUUGUAGCAAUUUUUAGGGGUUAUUUUGACUCUGGGGGGGGGAUGGAUUUUUACCUUACGUUGACAGUAAAGGCCACAAGAUGUGACUGCUGUAUUUUCUCGAGGUACUUCUGAGAACAGAUGAUUGCUGUGUGGCCUGUCAGACCCGAGGGCUAGAAUUCUGGUGAUUUUUAUUAUUUUUUCAUGAAGGGAGGAUGAGAUGUUGCAUGAUGACAGUGUGACAGGCACAGGCCACCUGAGCUAAUGGGCUGGGGCUGUUUCCGUGGGCCUGUUCCCACUGGGGUCUUCAACCUUGGCAUUGCUCUCUAGCUCUUCUCUGGCUGUGCCAGUGUUUUAGAAGGAUUCUGGAUCUUUGCCUGAAUACUGAGUGCUGUAGCCUUGGACUCAGAUGCCUGAGUGACAGCAGAUAUACCCCAGACCUUCCAAGUCAUGUGGUGCUUGUGUCCUGGAGUGGGGCAGCAGGAGGACCGCAUCUGGAGUCACCAGCAGUUGCACUCAGCCGUAAUAAGUAGGGCACUCAUUGGAUUAAACUCCUUCCUUCCAUUUCUUGCAUUGCCCAAGAGUGCCCCCUUGAGGGACAGUGACAGCCAUUCAAGUGGCCUCUGUUUCUGGGGAGGAGGCCGGCUCUGAAGACAUAAAUAAGUGAAUGAA